UUUUUUUAUUUGCUUGAUUUGGUUAACUAAGACUACUGAAGCAUCACAGUAACUUCAUCUAGACCCUAAAAUGGAUCUUUAAAGAUCGGAUUUUGUCCCUAAAGGUCAUACUGGAGCUUUGUAUUGCCGUUUCUUCAAGGUGUGGACAGGAGGAAUAUUACAUGCGUGAACUACAGAGGAACCAGGUUUUAGGAUGCGGUCCCUGAGAAAGACAGUGUUGCUCGCCAUCUUGGUGUCCGUGGUGCUCGUACUGGCUCUCCUCCAUUCAUGGCCGACUCGAGCCUACACCACGGUGGACGUUUGGCAGCGACCGGGGCCGUUAGUAGAAAGACAUCUGGAGGAGAGGCUCCCAGAACCAGACCACCAUUUAGGCAAUAUCCCCUUUCAUGUGAGGGAUAGCGUGGCAAGCUUGCUUGCACGUAAUGGGUGCGUAUGUGAGGGAGAAAGUGGAGGAGUAAACCUGCCCUUCGCCCAACUCUUAUUCCCGCGGGUGUCAGCUCACCCGCUGCACACUGCCUUUGAAGCCUCGGAGCUGGAGGAAAUGAAGAGGAGACGGGCCAAAGAGUACAAGAGCUUUCAGAAGAGGUCAAAGACACCUGCAGACGUACUCAUUAUUGCAGAGGCUAACAGUCCCUUACAGUUUCCCACACAGGGGGUGGAAGUACGACCCCUGAAAACAAUCAUCAUCCCAGGCUUGGCCUUACACGACCUUCCCAGAGACCAUUACUCAAUAAACAUCACUGCCACGCUGGGGACGCUAAAUGUGGCAGCAGAGGUAGAUGGGGUGAAAAUCAAAGGCGAUGGCGAGAUGCACAUGAGUCUUUCCAGCAUCCUGCUGCCGAACCUGAACCGACAGCUGCAGUUUGUCACCUACACAAACACGCUGUUUCAUCCCAGCACUGCAGACACAGUGCAGUUUGAGACAGAGGGCCAUCAAGCUGUCUUCAGUGUGAAGAUUCGUCACGGUGUCACACCUAAACUGUACAACACUGGAUCCAAAGGGGAGUACAACGUCAGCGCCCUGGUGACCAUAGCUACCAAGACUUUCCUGCGGUAUGAUAAGCUUCAAGAUCUUAUCGACAGCGUCAGGAGAUACUAUCCUACUGUCACCAUAGUAAUCGCUGAUGACAGUGAAAAUCCCAAAACCAUUUCCGGGCCUUACAUCGAACAUUACAUCAUGCCCUUUGGAAAGGGUUGGUUCGCUGGACGAAACCUGGCCGUCUCCCAGGUGACCACAAAGUAUGUGCUGUGGGUGGACGACGACUUCAUCUUCACAGCCAACACCAAGCUGGAAAAGCUUGUCGAUGUUUUGGAAAGGACCACUCUGGAUCUGGUGGGCGGUGCAGUGCGGGAGGCCACAGGGUAUACUGCCACCUACAGACAGACCAUCUCCAUCGAGCCCGGAGAGGAGGAUGGCGACUGUUUACACAUGAGGAGAGGAUUUCAUCACGUCAUCCAGGGCUUUCCCAACUGCGUUGUAACCGAUGGAGUUAUUAACUUCUUCUUGGCUCGAACCGACAAAGUCCAGCAGGUCGGCUUUGACCCUCGACUCGCCAGGGUAGCUCACCUGGGUGAGUACAGGAAAAAAGAGUUUUUCAUCGAUGGCCUGGGCUCUCUCCACGUGGGCUCUUGUGACGAUGUCAUUGUCAACCAUGCAACCAAAAUCAGACUUCCCUGGGUGAGCCAGUCAGAGAGCGACAAGACUUACGCCAAGUUCCGAUAUCCGCCAGCUUCCUCUGACGCCACACACACGAAAAAUGGCCUCCUGUUCUUCAAGAACCGAUUUCAGUGUUUGACUCAUAAUUAGUUCCCCCCACCCCUGCUCUGUAUCCUGAAGGUUCCUCUGCUCUUCUUGAGUUGCCAAAGAAGUUUUCCUCCACCGCGUCCUGUCAGAUAAGAGUUCAGACAAACACUUUGGUUUGCCUUUUCAUGAAAACCUCAAAACAGUUUUCAAACUUCAGCCUGUAGAGCAGUUUUAGCAUGUUUUAUCUGUCGGUGCAAAGCUCUGUAGCGAGCUAAAACAAACAAAAAAAGUCCUUUUACACAGCAAAUAUCCAGAAUAUAAAAGUUUAGGAGGUCUUCUGGAGUGAGAAAAUCAGCUAUAGUUAAAUCACAGUGUAAUCGUGAUUGAUUCAGGGUUAUGAAGGGAUUACACUUUGUCAAAUCUUAUCUGGCUUUACAUCCGAUCUGGUCUAACACAGACACCAAGCUUUGAGAAAACCCAACAGGUAGCAGUCUGUGUCCCAUCAUUGUCAUCCCAUUGGGAAAUGGGGAGAGAUACAUGUGUUGUCCUUCGAUUUGCACUAUCCAAAAACCAGACAGAGCUUGGAAAAGUCAUAGUGCCGUCCAAGAGCCUGAGAACGAGGACUCUCUGUUAGCGAGGACAAAGAGACACUUCUCAGUAAGUGACAAUCCUGUAGACUCGGAGCGUAGGUGUCGUUCUUACCAAUGCCACAUGAAGAACGUAUUUAAAGUCUUUUCAUGCACGGUACCUACGCUCUCUGACUUGACUGGUCGUGCCAAAGGUUUGGCUGCUGGCUUUGGGGUGUCUUUAUUUAUUUGUGUUGUUGUUUUUGCUUUCCCAGAAUUCUUUGUGUCAUUUGCGUGAUAAAUCGCAUCUGAGGAAGAGAUAUUUUUUUGCUCCGUCUGGACUCACACCCAUGUGUUACCUGAUCCAGAAGCAGCCUUGUUUUUUGUCUUCUGCCGCCUGUCACUCUCCCAAGUUUGUUUAGCUAAAGUCUUAAAGAGGAAGAGCAUUCGUGUCGGUGCACGCUGAUGAGUGAGUUGCAUCUUUUCAUGCUGUCUAGGAGAAAAGUUGGAUGAACCAAAGUGCAUGUUAUUUUCCGUCAUCAUAAGAGAAGAAAAACAAGCAUGUUGCAGCAGAAUUAGUGAGAGUUUGGUGAUGAAGUGACAUCUUGAAGCGGUCAGAGCACGAGAGGGAAACUGAAAAGAUCGUGUUUUCACGCUGGCAGCUCCUCUGCGGAGAGUUGCGGUACAUCGAAGACUGUGAUACACUGAAGCCUGAAGUGAUGAUGCUGUGUUUUUAUACCAUGGCCUUUAGAUGGCGCCCUUGAAUCACUGUAUUGUUUCCUAAAUAAGUUAAAUAAGUUUUUAACAGUCAUUUGUUAUGAGUAACAAGGUGCCAGAGAUUUACAAAAGUUUUUCUUUUUUAAAAUCUCGAGAGGAAUAUUUUAAAAGUAUUUUGCGUGAUGUCUUUUGUUCACUAAAAUGCGGUGUUAGCUCUUUUGACAGGAGCAAGAAACUAACAUCAGCGACACUGUUACGAACAGCUUUUGUGUAGUUGUGUGUUCAAAAAUUUGUCUCAUCUUAGAAUUUGUAACCGUUGACGGCUGUAUAGCGUUGCUGAAAACUUUUUUAACAGUUACAUUUAUUGUAUUAACACAGAAAUAUAUCUUCUUGCCUGCUUCACCCAAAAAUCACCGUUAUGAGUCGUUUGAUCGCAGUGUUACGAGGCUUUUUUUUUUGUUUUUUUUUGUCCCAAAAGUUAUUAAAAUGUCUGUGGGGGGAAAAAAGAAACCAAUAUUGUGUUGGGAACAGAUUCUACAUUCAGGUCAAACAGCCUUUAAGACAUAUCUGUCCAGUUCAUAAAGUUUAAACAGUUGACUCACACAUAAUUAUAAACUGACAAUUUGUUUUUAAAAUGUGUUUUCUGUCUUUAAGAGAGUGCAUUAGUUGACAUCUGUAUCAUAAAGUCUUGGGUUGAAAUGAUUAUUUAGGCCUGGAGGUGUUUAAUUUCACACAGGUGUUGUUGACAAGAUGUAGAGGUUCUGUGGUGAAGUACAUAUAUGUCCUGCAUAAACCAUGUCCUAGUUAUUUUCAUUCAAUUAUGACUUAUUACAGAGGAGGGCAAAAUGAGCCACGUUUGAACUAACGUAGUUUAGGCUGUUUUAGUCACAUGCUAACUAAGAAUCUUCCAGAAACUAGUAACAUUUUGCCUUUCAAAUCAAGACCUACACACGCAUUUUGCCCUCACAGUUGUUCUGUUAUAAACCUUUCCAUUUGGGUAUACCAAAUAGGGGAAAAAAUCCAUAAAUGGUGUAACAGGAAUGUAAUAGUUGACUUGCAUCAAAAAGUCUUGGGUUCAUAUGAUUGCCUACCAUUGUUUUAUGUUGGUUCACAUUGUUGUUGGAGGCAUUAUUUCAUAAACUACUUCCAAUAGUGAA